AUGCACCGUGAGUUCUCUGAUCUUUUAAAGCAUACUGGAUUUGGUUGGGAUGUUGAAACUAACAUAGUGCAUGCUCUAGAGGAAACCUGGCAAAAUUAUAUUUGGGCACACCCAAAUGCAAAAAGAUUCCGCUCAAAGGGAUGCCCAAACUACAACUUGUUGGGAUUGAUCUUUAAUCCAUCAAUAGCAACCGGUGCCCUCCACUACUCUUCCACCCAAGAUCCACCAAACACUGAUGAUGAAGAUGAGAUGGAUGACAAUUUGGAACAUGGUGGAGUGCAUGUUGAUGUAGAUACUGAGAUCCCUGAUGAUCCUCCACAACCAGAAAUGGCAGGAGGAGUGACCACCCGUUCUGGAAAGCGUGUAACUGAUUCUCUAUUAGAGCGUAGAGGUAAGAAAGAAUCCAGAUUAAGUCAAAUGGGAGAUGCUUUGAAAGCUUGGGUUGAGGCAUCAAAGGCUAGAACAAAAACAUCUUGA